AUGCAGGCCUUUGACGCCGCUCUGCUGGGAGAUGACCCGUGCACCGGGGAGUGCAGCUUGGAGCUGCUGCACAUGCGCGGCACGAAGCACCGCAGCUCCAGGCUUAUUGCUGAUCAGGAUGCGCAGGCGGCCGCCGACCAGCACGCCUUGGCGCUGCUUUGGCUGCAGGAGAACAAGAAGCAUGAACUUGAGCUGAAUGAUGCAAGCGGAGAGACUUGCCACCCGGAGCUCGGUACGGCCAUCACUUGUGCUGAGAACAUGCACUGCUGCACUUCCAAGCGCUCGUACUUUGAUGGCACGCCGCAUGAGCAGCAGACCAAGUUUCCUCUCUACUCCAUUUGCUGCCCCCUGGACAACCACUGCAAGAUGGACACCAUCUUCGUGUCUUGCGCGCCGGGUGUUGGUGCGGACGACACCUCGGGCGUGAUUGCAGGACUGCAGGAGGAUGCGAAGGCGGCUGCUGACACGCACGCCUUGGCGCUUCUUUGGCUGCAAGUCGUGGCAGGUAAUGGCUUGGAGCAGAUUGAGCUGAUCUCUCGCCAGAUGGAGGAGAACAAGAAGUAUGAACUUGAGCUGAAUGAUGCAAGCGGAGAGACGUGCAACCCGGAGCUCGGUACGGCCAUCACUUGUUCUGAGAACAUGCACUGCUGCACUUCCAAGCGCUCGUACUUUGAUGGCACGCCGCAUGAGCAGCAAGCCAAGUUUCCUCUCUACUCCAUUUGCUGCCCCCUGGACAACCACUGCAAGAUGGACACCAUCUUCGUGUCUUGCGCGCCGGGUGUUGGUGCGGACGACACCUCGGGCGUGAUUGCAGGACUGCAGGAGGAUGCGAAGGCGGCUGCUGACACGCACGCCUUGGCGCUGAUCUCUCGCCAGAUGGAGGAGAACAAGAAGUAUGAACUUGAGCUGAAUGAUGCAAGCGGAGAGACGUGCAACCCGGAGCUCGGUACGGCCAUCACUUGUGCUGAGAACAUGCACUGCUGCACUUCCAAGCGCUCGUACUUUGAUGGCACGCCGCAUGAGCAGCAAGCCAAGUUUCCUCUCUACUCCAUUUGCUGCCCCCUGGACAACCACUGCAAGAUGGACACCAUCUUCGUGUCUUGCGCGCCGGGUGUUGGUGCGGACGACACCUCGGGCGUGAUUGCAGGACUGCAGGAGGAUGCGAAGGCGGCUGCUGACACGCACGCCUUGGCGCUGAUCUCUCGCCAGAUGGAGGAGAACAAGAAGUAUGAACUUGAGCUGAAUGAUGCAAGCGGAGAGACGUGCCACCCGGACCUCGGUACGGCCAUCACUUGUGCUGAGAACAUGCACUGCUGCACUUCCAAGCGCUCGUACUUUGAUGGCACGCCGCAUGAUCAGCAAGCCAAGUUUCCUCUCUACUCCAUUUGCUGCCCCCUGGACAACCACUGCAAGAUGGACACGAUCUUCGUGUCUUGCGCGCCGGGUGUUGGUGCGGACGACACCUCGGGCGUGAUUGCAGGAUUGCAGGAGGAUGCGAAGGCGGCUGCUGACACGCACGCCUUGGCGCUGAUCUCUCGCCAGAUGGAGGAGAACAAGAAGUAUGAACUUGAGCUGAAUGAUGCAAGCGGAGAGACGUGCAACCCGGAGCUCGGUACGGCCAUCACUUGUGCUGAGAACAUGCACUGCUGCACUUCCAAGCGCUCGUACUUUGAUGGCACGCCGCAUGAGCAGCAAGCCAAAUUUCCUCUCUACUCCAUUUGCUGCCCCCUGGACAACCACUGCAAGAUGGACACCAUCUUCGUGUCUUGCGCGCCGGGUGUUGGUGCGGACGACACCUCGGGCGUGAUUGCUGGACUGCAGGAGGAUGCGAAGGCGGCUGCUGACACGCACGCCUUGGCGCUGAUCUCUCGCCAGAUGGAGGAGAACAAGAAGUAUGAACUUGAGCUGAAUGAUGCAAGCGGAGAGACGUGCCACCCGGAGCUCGGUACGGCCAUCACUUGUGCUGAGAACAUGCACUGCUGCACUUCCAAGCGCUCGUACUUUGAUGGCACGCCGCAUGAGCAGCAAACCAAGUUUCCUCUCUACUCCAUUUGCUGCCCCCUGGACAACCACUGCAAGAUGGACACCAUCUUCGUGUCUUGCGCGCCGGGUGUUGGUGCGGACGACACCUCGGGCGUGAUUGCAGGACUGCAGGAGGAUGCGAAGGCGGCUGCUGACACGCACGCCUUGGCGCUGAUCUCUCGCCAGAUGGAGGAGAACAAGAAGUAUGAACUUGAGCUGAAUGAUGCAAGCGGAGAGACGUGCCACCCGGAGCUCGGUACGGCCAUCACUUGUGCUGAGAACAUGCACUGCUGCACUUCCAAGCGCUCGUACUUUGAUGGCACGCCGCAUGAUCAGCAAGCCAAGUUUCCUCUCUACUCCAUUUGCUGCCCCCUGGACAACCACUGCAAGAUGGACACGAUCUUCGUGUCUUGCGCGCCGGGUGUUGGUGCGGACGACACCUCAGGUGAUGAUUCGAAUGCGUCUCUUCCCCUUUGCCGUGAGUCCUGCGAGAACUUCUAUGCAUCUUGCAAGUAUGAGGCAGAUCCGUGGGGCAAAGAUGAUUUGUUGCUCAGUUCCGGGAAUGUCACACUGUCACCCCUCCACCAAGAAUGGGAAGCUGCUUUGCUUUUGGGGGCAGCUCCCUGUCCUCUUGCAUAA